AUGUCGGUAUGGCUACCACUGCAAAUCCCCGACCCCGUCUUCCCCGCAGAGCCUCUUCUAUUGCCCGAUCUACCUCCUUUGCCCAGGACUUCGUCUACAUCCCGGCCUGGUGCUCCUGCUCAUCCUCGACCCUCGCCUACAGCCCGGUCAUCCGCCCCGUCGCCUCUUCAAUCAACUAAUCCUUCCCGGCCGACUUCUAGCCCUAGUCGCGGCCGUGGUCGAAGAUCAACCAACGUGACUUAUGCCAACCCUGCCUUCAGAGAUGCCUCCCAGGAGGCUCGUUGGGCACGUUCUGUAAAUGACCGCUCGAGUCGUGAUGCUUCCUCUUCUUCUCGGCGUAGGGUUCGGCUACCUUCCGAAGAUUCUGACUUGGAUGACCAGCCUUUAGCUCAGAGACUUCGCCGCAAGGCCCCCCAUCCUAGCCAAGACUCGGGCCCUUCCGCUAUUCCUCAUCCUUCACCUCCUGUUGCAACCACGACUCCUAUCCCGAGCCAGACAAAUACUCCUCUUGCUCCACCCGAGGCUCCGGCCGAACCUCCGCUAACUCAACCUUCAACCUCUCAACAGCACCCGAGCACUGAAGUCGGCCCCUCACAUCGCCCUUCACCGACUACCUCACCUCCAGAGCCUUCUCAUGUGCCCCCUUCAGCUCCUUCUGGCUCAGCUGCUGGACCUUCACAGCCACCGCCACCCAUCCAUCACCAUUACCAAAGUAUGCAGCAGAUGGAACUCUUGCUGCUACCUUCCCAAAUGGAUAGAUUCUCAGAGCUGUAUAUCAAGGCUUGUGCAGAGUCCCUGAUAAUAAACCCAUCCUUCCAUGCCGCUCAUUACCACAGCAAGGUGCUGCGAGACAUGGUAACAGAAUUGGAGUUCCAAUUAAAUGACCCUGCGCAGGCUAGUCAUGCCCUGAGAGUCGAAAUAAAGGACCUGACCAGAAGGAAUACCCAUAUGGAAGUGUCCAUAGCGCAGGCCAACCACCAGCUUAAAAACAUUCAGGAAGAAAAGAGCCAGAUUGACAUUAUACACCAGCAGCGCUCGGAGCAACAAGCUUUGGUACAUCAACGAGACAUUGAUCAAUUAACCCAGAAACUACAUUCCGCAGAAACCCUUGCACAAGAUCAAGACAAGAGGUUAAAAUCCCAGGCGGCCCAAUUAGCGUCUCAAGAGGCAGAACUUCUGGCCGUCCGAACUGAACUGGCUCAGACCCGGGCUACUGCAGAAGGAGUAUCUACAGCCCUGACUGUUUAUAAGGAAGGGGAGAAUGAUCGCUGCAAAUAG